AUUCGAUUGGGUCAUUAUCCAAAGUGUUUCUGUUUUUUGUUGUGAAUGAAAAACCAGUGUUUUGGGCUUCUGCCUAUUGAUGUCAAGUUCGUUAUAGAUUCUGGUUGAGAGCUUUGGAUUUUGUUGUAAAUUGAAUAUCAAUUAUAGUACGAUUCGAUGACGCUCUGGUGAAGGUGAAAGGGCAUUUUUCAACUCAGUUUUAUUUUUUUCACUACCGACAGAGGGACUUCACACCUGUAGUGAGUGCGCAGGUGAUAACGCGGUAAAGUGCAAUUUCAAGUGUGGAUAUCAACUGAAAACAAUCAUACAAUCCGCCACUUUUUUGUGGCAGGCUGGUGUAGGCAUAUUCGAGUCGGCUAUGGCAGCUACGAGUGUAGUAGUUUUAGAUCGGGGAAACAACACUACAUGCACUAUCAAUUUGCAUGGUGCAACUGUGGUUUCCUGGCGAGUUAAUAACCAAGAACAGUUGUUUGUUAGAAAAAAAGCCAUAUUUGAUGGUAAAAAAGCCAUCAGAGGUGGAAUUCCUUUUGUGUUUCCUCAGUUUGGCCCAUGGACAUUUGGACCCCAACAUGGGUUUGCCAGAAUUAUUCGAUGGAACUUAGAAAAAGCACCUGAAAGACUUUCAAGCGGAGAUGUAGAAGCAAUAUUUUCCAUAAUGGAUAGCGAUUUCACACGGUCAAUGUGGAACUAUCCGUUUCGACUGACUUAUAGACUGAUAUUACGUGAAAAGGAGUUGCAUUUCAACAUAGCAGUAUACAAUCCCAGUAAGGACCUCACUUUCAGCUUCAAUAUGUUAUUGCAUACAUAUUUUAAAGUACCUGAUGUAAGACGCUGCCAAAUCACUGGCUUACAAGGAUGUAAUGUUAUUGACAAAACCAGGGAAGGUGCUUUGUAUCAAGAG